UACCUUACACGUCGCAAAUGACCACACACACUACACACCACCUGUCAGGAGACUCAGAGCCCACAUAACCACAGACGCCUGAGCUGGAGGACACACACAAUCUGAGGGAAGUUUUCCUGCAACACAAGUAUCAGUGGAUCCAGUGUGCUCUGCUCUGAAACCAGCUGCAAGGUAAACAACACAUCUGAACAAUAUUCCAAACAUUGUGAAUCCUCUGCGUUGGUGGGUAAAGCAGAAACAUUGUGAGAGGAGAAACUUUGAAAAACGAGGCACAAAAAGAAGCUGUCGUCAAAUCAAAUUAAUGAUGGUUUUGAAAAAGCUUCUGCGUUUCGGGAAACAGCUGCUGAGAGUGAAGGUUGUCGACUGCAACUCAGAGGACUCGCGACUCUCCCGAUGUCUGAACACCUUCGACCUGGUGGCUCUUGGUGUGGGCAGCACCUUGGGAGCUGGGGUGUAUGUCCUCGCUGGAGCGGUUGCCCGGGAAAAUGCCGGACCGGCCAUCGUGCUUUCGUUCCUCAUUGCAGCCCUGGCCUCAGUGCUCGCUGGCCUCUGUUAUGCAGAGUUUGGGGCAAGAGUGCCAAAAACGGGCUCAGCGUACCUGUACAGCUAUGUGACUGUAGGGGAGCUAUGGGCCUUUAUAACUGGCUGGAACCUAAUACUUUCAUACGUUAUAGGUACAUCAAGUGUUGCCAGAGCUUGGAGUGCCACAUUUGAUGAGCUCAUUGGAAAGCAAAUUGAGCAUUUUUGUCGACAAUACAUGUCUAUGAAUGCUCCGGGCAUUCUGGCGGAGUACCCAGAUAUGUUUUCCGUAUUCAUCAUCCUCACUCUCACAGGCCUUCUGGCCUUCGGGGUGAAGGAGUCAGCCAUGGUCACCAAAGUGUUCACCUGCAUCAACAUCCUGGUGCUGUUGUUCAUGGUUGUAUCUGGACUGGUCAAAGGUACACUGAAGAACUGGCACCUGGACCCUGAUGAGAUUCUUAACGGAAACAAUUCCACCAUUAACAGUGCCACACAGCCCCUGCCAACAGAAGAGAUUCUGGGUGAAGGUGGGUUCAUGCCUUUCGGCUUCACAGGGGUCUUAUCAGGGGCCGCUACCUGCUUUUAUGCCUUUGUCGGGUUCGACUGUAUCGCAACUACAGGUGAGGAGGUGAAGAACCCCCAGAGAGCCAUUCCCAUCGGCAUCGUCUCCUCCCUCCUUAUCUGUUUUGUAGCGUACUUUUGUGUAUCGGCCGCCCUCACCUUGAUGAUGCCGUAUUACAUGCUGGAUAAGAACAGCCCACUUCCCGUGGCCUUUAAGUAUGUCGGCUGGGAAGGAGCCACGUACGCUGUGGCGGUAGGCUCCCUUUGCGCCCUGUCCACCAGCCUGCUUGGCGCCAUGUUCCCCAUGCCCCGUGUCAUCUGGGCCAUGGCUGACGAUGGCCUGCUCUUCAAAUUCAUGACUGGGAUCAACGAGAGAACAAAAACUCCCAUACACGCCACUAUAACAGCAGGCUUUGUCGCAGCUAUUAUGGCUUUCCUGUUUGACCUGAAGGACCUGGUUGAUCUGAUGUCUAUAGGAACUCUUUUGGCCUACACACUGGUCGCUGCCUGUGUUCUAGUACUAAGGUACCAGCCCGAGCAGUUUUCUCCAACAUAUCACAUAUCCAACACACAGGAAGAGAUGGAAAUGAGUGAGACCAUAAGUACGCCCAGCAUGGGGAUUCUUCCUGGCAUAGAAGAGCGUUUCAGCUUCAAAACGCUGAUCUUCCCCAACAUCACUGAACCCUCCAACCUUUCAGGCUUCACCGUUAACGUCUGUGCGAGUCUGCUUGGUCUGCUGAUCUUCAGCUUCAGUCUGAUGGCCGUCCUGGGCGGAAGUGCAAUGUGGAAUAUUGUCGCUCUCAGUGUCUUGUUCAGCAUGUGUGUCAUUGUCACAUUUAUCAUCUGGAGACAACCCGAGAGUAAAACCAAGCUCUCUUUUAAGGUUCCUUUACUUCCAUUCAUCCCGGUGGUCAGCAUGUUUGUCAACGUGUACCUGAUGAUGCAGCUGGACAGGGGUACUUGGAUCCGAUUCGCCAUCUGGAUGUCUAUAGGACUCAUAAUCUACUUUGGCUAUGGAAUCUGGCACAGUACUGAAGCCACACUGGCCCAUUCCAGUAUGGACGAGGAACUGAGUGUGUACAAACCCGCCCGAGGCCUAAACAGGGACAGUGUGACCCCGGAAAAGGAGGCUUUCCUCUGUAACGGAUCACGGGGUGAUGAGGACCGAGAUCUCUAAUGUGGAACAGUGUUACAUUAUUUACUCAAACUUUACAUGAAAGCACACCGCCGGGAGGUUAUGAGGAGCACAGGCCGUUGGAAUCGAAUCAGAUGGAGCUCUAUGACCCAUUUAACAAUGUCACUUCCUUGUCAAGACGUCUAAGAGUUUUAAGUGAGCGGAGUCACUUAAAACACAACUCAAGGGUUUCGUUUCCUACUUCAGAAAUCUUGAAGAAACCAAAACAGGCACAGGACCUUUUAUUGAGCGGUUGUAGAAUAAAAAAAACAAUGUAGGCAUCUGUGAGCUGCAGUAUUUUAUGUUGGCGGCUGCUUUUAUUGAAUGAUCUAAGUUAACUUGUGCCUUUUGUCUUACUAUUGCAAUUGAAACUAAACCAGAGUUGCUUGAUCUAAAUCUUAGAUGUCAGUGUUUAGGGUUUUACGUAUCUGAACAUGCCUUUACAAAGGAGGAAAUCAAAUCAUGCUUGGCUUUUCUGCUGAAUCUGUAGUGUCUGAGCAGUCCCAUUUAGAAACCUUUUCUGGCUGGUUUGAACUGCCCUGAUCCAGAAUUUGUAGGUUUUUGCUGGUCCACCUAGAUUAGACCUUUAGAUAGUAUUGCCACCUGGUGGCGUGGUGGUUGGGCAGUCACCAGGGUUAGUUGCUUUUAUCUGUCACAGUGCUGGCUACUGUGUCGUCUAUGCAGAUGGAGUCUGCCUCUUCGCCUGCGUCUUAAUGUUGCAUAAGCAGGCGUUUUUUUUAGGAUAUUUGGAGAGAAGUUGAUAAAUAGGGGUAUGUUUAUGUAAUUUAAGGUAAUUGGACAUGAAUCAUUGUGAUACACCAUUGUGUUUAUGUCAGUCAAAAUAUUUUACCAAUUAAAAAAUAGUCUAAAGAGUUUUGAAAUCAUUUCUAGGUACUCUACCAAAGAUUAUAAUAAUAUAAAUAGAGGCCACUAUCUCACCAAGGCUGCAUUUAUUUAAUACAGCAAA